AUGAACACGGAAAUCCAUGCCGUUCACCUCGCCCACCAACCACCAUCCUCGAUCUGGGACGUGGAGAUCAAAGAUGGCAAGAUCACCUCCGUCCAGCCAAGUGUCAGUGCCUCAGCCGCUUCUCCCAGCGGGAAACAUUCCAUCCUCCUCCCAUCCCUCUGCCACCCACACAUCCACCUCGACAAAGCAUUCCUCCUGUCAUCCGACUACCCGCAAUACGCCGACCUCGCUCCCACAGCCGGCACAUUCCAAGAAGCGCUCUCCAACACCGCCCAAGCCAAGACACGCUACACGCGCUCUGACCUCGAACAGCGAGGCUGCCAGCUCAUCGGUGAGAGCAUCAAAGCCGGCGUAACGGCCAUGCGCGCCUUCGUCGAAGUCGACCACGUCGUCGAAUUCCUCUGCCUCGAAGUAGCAUCGCUCCUGAAGAAGCGCUUCAAAAAGGCAUGUCAUGUCCAGAUCGUCGCGUUCGCUCAAGACCCCAUCUUCUCCAGCGAGCACGGCGACGAGAAUCGAAGAUUCCUCGAGCAGGCGCUAGAAAGGAGAGAAGAAUUCGGAAUCGAUGUCCUCGGCACAACGCCCUACGUAGAAAGCAGCAACACCUCGCACAAGAAUAUCGACUGGGCCGUCCGCAAAGCGCGACAGCACGAUCUGCAUCUCGAUUUCCAUCUCGACUAUAACCUCGACAGCAGUGAUAGUGACACCAAUACCGAACCAAAGACAAAAACAAAGACAAAGACAAUAGCCCUAGCGCACUGCACCCGGCUAACCCUCCUCUCCACCCGCGAAUUCCAAGAUCUCGCAACCCGAAUCCGCGACUCAGACCUCCCAAUCUCACUCAUCGGCCUGCCGAGCAGCGACGUCUACAUGAUGGGUCGUCCCACCUCCUCAUCACCUAAUCCCGCACAGGACAGGAAUAGAAACCUCAGCCGACCGCUAGGCACCCUCCCCAUCCCGACGCUGAUCAAGGAGUUCAAUCUCAACGCCGCGCUCAGCGUCAAUAAUCUCUCCAACCCCUUCACGCCGUACGGCACGGCGGAUCCGCUGCAACUGGCGUGUUGGGGCGUGGGGAUGUACCAUGCGGGGGCGGAGGGGGAUGCGGAGGUGCUGUAUGAGUGUGUCAGUGCUAGGGGGAGGCGAGAAGGGUUAGGUGUCGAGGUUGGAGAUGUGGUUUCUGCGCGGGGUGGUGAGGAUACGGUUGUCGAUAUUUGUGAUGAGAAGGCCGUUCCUGGUAGCGGAGAUAAAGUUGACUCGACCGUGACUGUGCUGGGGAGGGGCAUGAGAUCGGUGCGGGAUGUGGUCUGGUGUCCGCCUGAGACGGGUAGGAGAAAAGUCAUUCGAUGA